UUGCCUGUAAGACCAUGCAAGGGUAACAACACAUAUCUCACAUUACAAAUUUGUAUCUGGGGUCGCUAACGUUAGCUGCCUGCACCGGAGUCGAAGAUGUGCGGGCGCACCUGAAACUCGGAUGCCUUUCUAAUCGGAUAUUUGUUCUUAUCAAAAGCUAAAUGGAGAAAACCAACAUGAGCAGCUUUAGUGGACCAGGCGUACACAGGACUGCAUCUUUCAGCAGGGCAUCACACCUUGGAGGAUCCAAAUAUGAUCUGGAGAGAGAUUCAGGCUUCUCAGAUGCCAGCUCUGAGUAUCUCAGUGCAAUGGAGGUAACCGAUUCUGAACAGGCAGGAAGAAAUGGGUCAAUGUUUGGCCCGCAGUCAGCUGGUCAGCAGGUGGCCGUGGUGGGAGGCCCGUACCCCGGACUGUCUCCAAUGAUCUUCAUGAACAACUUUGUCUUAAAGCAGCCCUCCUCUACGGCUCCAGCAGAAAAGCAGUGGGGUUUUCCCUCCCACCUUGAAGUUAUGCCUCAGUCACAAGUGGUUCUUCUUCAACCAAUGAUGCCCAACGGCAGCAGCAACUCUCCAAAUCCCAGCCCUGAGAAUCUUAGACAAUCCAAAAACAACAUGCCCUCUGCCACACUACACACUCAAAUUGCCCCUCAUCCCGAGGAUGCAGCCACUGAGAGGGUGGCAUCCUCAAAGUUAAGGGCAAGAUCGGCAUCAGAGUAUGGCCAACGGCACCGGAGGCAUCACAGACUCUACAGCUGCCCCAGCCCGCUGCCCGGCCUGCAGACACUCGGCCAAAACGUUGGGGACUUUGAAGCAGCCGCCAACCACGCGCAGGCGGAUGAGCAACUCCUCGACGAGCUUUCAGCUCCACAAGCUGGAAGCUGCUCCCUGCCCUCCUAUUCCAAACGGAGAACUGUGACGCCACCAGACAAAUACCAUGAUGCCAUCACCAUGCACAGCAACAAACUGAAACGCUUCAGCAAUACCUACAAUAUCCUCGACAAGUCGGGCUUGCUGGGGAUCGCGAUGCGCACGAAGCAGCUUAUCAAAGAGAAUAAGCGCACCCAGGGCCUGCUGUGCCAGCUGCAGGAGCACACUGACCUGCUGCUGGAGGCUCUGAGCAGCGGAGACCCACAUCUCUGGACUAAACUCCAGCUCUCUCUGCAGAACACUGAGAAAGCUCACAGAGUCCUAGCCUAAGAAAGGUUCCAGCACUUAUAAACCUGACAGCAAGAAAAAAAAGGUCAAAAGAUUGUUAAAAAAUUUGAUCUAAUAGUUCAGAAAAACCAAAAAUGCUUUGAAAACAUAAUGAAAAAAGCACAGCUACUUCUCUGAAAGAGACAUUUUAAGCAUGGCCUUUACUUCUAAAUACAGUUUCUUGCCUCUGUGUUUGCAAAACAGCAAAUAACUCUCACAUUAGGGAAAUGCCUUAUAAUGUUUAACAUGUAGUCCUGGCAUGCCUUACAGUACACUUCAUCUUUCUAGAGCUGGGUUUAAAAAAUCAACAUCGAUUCAUCGAAUCCAUGAGUUGAUUUUCCUUAAAAGUAAUUCUUCUCAGGCCAAAAAAGUGCUUUCAGUUAUUGUUUUGUGUCAGAAAUGAUCAUUUUGAUCCCUAAAAGUUCUGCCUUUUUUCAGUUUUUAUCAUUAGUUAUGAAAAGUCGUGUUUAUUACACAUUAAAAUAGUUUCUAAUGGAAAUUUGACAAAUGAAUAAAUUAAUACCAAAUGGGUUUAGCACUUUGGCUACGAUAGCCAGCCCUUCUUAUGAAUGUUGCUGCUGCACAAAUAUCAUGACAUUUAAUCAAACAUAGCUUAUGUUUAUCAAAUAGUCACAAAGUUUAAUGACGACAUUUUUUUUGCCUUUUGAAAUGGAAGGAAACUCCAUGACACAUGGUGUGUGCGCUCGCAGCUGUUGCACAAAUUUUGUACCAAAGCUGUCAUUCUUUCACUGUUUAAAGUCAAAUAUAACUUAAACAUUUUUUCCCCUACUUAAAAAAAAAAUGCAUAAAAUAAAAAUCAACAGCUGCACAAAUUGUAGAUUUUCAAUCAAUGUCGCCGCCGGUUUAUGAGCGUCAGGAAAUGUGGGUUUUACGUCUUUUUCUCUUGACAGUAUUAUUUAUUUCAAAUGUUUGUGACCAGGACUACCGAGGGAUAGAAACAAUUAAAAAAAAAAUUGUUUUUUUUUUGUCUUUAGUAACGGUACAUGUUGACUGCAGUGAUAGAGAUUUAGCAGGAGAAGUAGACCUGUGACUCGCUCGCUCGCUGUGGGAUGUUUUUGCAGCUUCAUUCCUGCUUCACAUUCGUGCUCAAAACUGUAUUGUCGAGAAACUUUAUAGACAAAAAGACAACUGCUGAAGAGUUCAUGUUUAUCUUAGAGAAUGUUGCACUGAGGUCACACAAUAGAUCAUUUUGUCAUUAAAAAAUAAUGUGAAUAUAAAUAUCUGAUUGCCUGUGCCUUUAAAGUAUGUGUAUGUUUUUAGUUAUGCCUGUCAGCAUUUCUGGGUACAUUCUAGCAUCCUUGCUGGUUUUUAAGGAUUUAUUUUUGGAGGUCUCAAAAGAAAAGUUAUAUGAAAUAGUAUAUAAAUAAAAAACAUGUAUUUUGCCUUUGUUUUGGGAAUAUGUGCUAAAAGUUAAAACCAGCUAAAGAAGAAGUGUGAAGAUGGUCCUUUUUUAAAAACUCUUAUUGUUGCUUAUAAUUGCCUGUUAUUACAAAGUGUGCUUUUCUUCGUCUGUGUCAAAAGUGAUUUAUUGAAAACCUUUGGCUUGUCACUUUUUUUAGCUAAGAAUGUAUCAAUAAAGAAAAGAAAAAA